AAACAGGAGGUGGUCGGAAUUUGUGUUGUUAGUCAACGUUUUUGUGGUUAUUGUUGGUGUUUUUGCCCAUUUCGGCAUGGCUAGCGAGGGACGUAAAGUCGGGCGAGUAUGUGUCGUUGUACUGGGAGACGUAGGUCACAGUCCUCGCAUGCAGUAUCAUGCAUUGUCCUUAGCACGAGAAGGCUUCCAAGUUGAUCUUGUAGGAUAUGGAGGGUCCCGGCCCCAUGAAGAUUUAUUGGAUAACAAGGGUAUUCAGAUUCACACCAUGAGGAGUCCUCCAGAAUUUCGUGCAUAUAUGCCACGUCUCAUGAGCUACGCAGCUAAAGUUCUGUGGCAAAUUAUGGCACUUUUCUUCACCCUCAUCUUGCUGAAACGCCCUUCACAUAUUCUAGUCCAGAAUCCGCCUGCUAUACCAAGCCUAGCUGUGGUGUGGAUCGUGUCGUGUAUGCGCAAAUCAGCCAUGAUUAUCGACUUCCACAAUUAUGGAUACACGAUUCUUGCAAUGUCGCUCGGUGCAACACACCCAUUAGUGCGCUUCUCAAAAUGGUAUGAGGGCUUUUUCGGUGUGAGAGCCACUGCGAGUAUGUGUGUCACUCAAGCUAUGAAAGCUCACCUAGACCACCAAUGGAACAUAACGUCGACGGUUCUGUACGACCGACCAGCAGAGUUAUUCCACAGCAUCUCUGUAGAAGAGAAGCAUUGGCUAUUCAUAAAGCUAUCCAAGGAUUAUUCCGUCUUUAGAAAGGGCCCUUUAAAGGAGCACUAUACCAAAUUGAUUUCGAACAAGGUCUUCCAGCAUGUAAAGUUCUGCACACCAUGGCUGAGUGCAGAAGAUUAUCCAAAACUGCUCGCCUGCGCAGAUCUCGGUGUGUGCCUACACACCUCCUCCAGUGGUCUCGAUCUUCCCAUGAAGGUUGUGGACAUGUUUGGAGUUGGGCUACCCGUGUGUGCUAUUCAGUUUAAUUGCCUCAAUGAACUCGUCAAACAUGAGCAUAACGGACUGGUUUUCCAAAACGAAAACGAACUGUCCGCCCAACUGCAGGAGCUGCUGUCGAACUUUCCCGAUUCGUCGGAGAAGCUGCGCAGGUUGCGGGAGAACGUGGUGGCGUUCCAGGCCGUCGGCUGGCACCAGAGCUGGCGCCUCGCCGCCUACCAGCUGUUCGGAGGAAGCUGAACACAGGGGGCGCUGCGUCAGACGUCCACUCACAGGGUGCGCUGCGUCAGACGUCCACUCACAGGGGGCGCUGCGUCAGACGUCCACUCACACGCCGUCGAAUCAAUUUGCUCGAGAACCGAUUAGGCCGUGACGGUAACGGUCGACGCCUUGUCGUCAUCGUCGGUGGAUUUCGUGAGACCGUUAAGAUGUUACCGUGUUAUAUUGUGAGACGUAGUGUAUACUUCGUCAGAAGUGGAUUUUACGAGCGAGGUGACAAAGUUAUGUGGGUGUCUCACUAGUAUUACGAGUAUUAAGUGAUAAAGUGAUGAGUUAUUUACACGAGUAUUAAGUAAUAAAAGUUUAAAGUUUUCACUCUAAGAAAGUUCACUUUCUCACAAGAGUGACAAAGUUAUGUCACUCUUGUCUUAAUGUCAGUUCCUCUCAUGAGGAAAUAUGACAAGCUUGGUAAACAUCGGACGAAUUUUCGUUUCGGAAAACCGGUCGCACGGCAGCGGCAAUCGCCUCUCCGCUGUUCAGCAUGGUUUCACACAGGACUUGUGACAUUGGAAUUAAUUGUGGUAUUAAAUAAUCAGACCUACUUUACUUCAGGACUUGUGACGUCAAGCUACGAAAUAGUCGUAUCGUUGACAAUCAUGAGUGUUCAACCAUGGAAUUAAUUGUGGUAUUUAGUAAACAGAUUUACUUUAACAA